AUGAAGCUCCAAUCAAUUAUUUUGUCUCUGACUGUCAGCUUGGCUUCUGUAAUUCAUGCUCAAGCUUGCACAAUUUUUUUGCGCGGUACUGCGUAUACUAGUCAAACUGGCGACGUAGGAGGUGGAUGUUUUGGUUUGGGCGCCGAUAACUUUUUACAGGAAGUUAGAGCCAGUGAUCCUGGUACCACGUACACUUUUUUCCCUAAUUAUGGUUGCCAAGGAAAUCCAAUUGGUAGUGGCAUGGAUGACACAUUCUUCCCUUAUAUUCAACCCUCCUCGGUCCGUCUAGUAUGUCCACGAGGGACAUAA